CGAAGAUGACAGCAUCUGUACAAUACAUCAGAAAACUUUUGGGAAAGGGUAGCUGCGCGACAAACAACUUGUUGAACACUGGACACAAAACACAGAAGAGCACGAAUGACCACAAAACAACCAAAAACAAAGAUGAAACUCAUAAACGAAACAUACAGCAGUCCAGAGACAAUAGAGAGCAUUGCAUAUGGAAAAGUGUCAUUUUAAGAAGAAAAGAAAAUGAAACUUUUGGGUUUGACAUCCAGACAAGCAGUGAUGAGGGAACGGUCAGUGCAGAGCAGGAUUUGGGCACAUGUGUGUGUUGGGUGAAAGAGAACAGUCUCGCAGAGUGUUAUGGGUUAAUAACAGGUGAUGCUAUUGUCUCAGUCAACAGUGUGCAUACCACAGGAUUCCCUUGUCAGCAGAUCAAGGAUCUGAUUCAAAAGUCCUGCCUCUUAAAGAUGGAGAUUAUCAGGGGUGCUACAGUAAAACAUAGACAACUGUUUGGGAAGCUGUAUCUCCUGCAGCGACAGCUUACAGAGAAACAUGAAGAGCUUCAGACAAUUAUCACACAGGAAGUGCGUCUGCAAGGAGGUGCCAUGGAAGGCAUCCAGAAACCCCCUACCAUCCUACAGGAUCCCCUGAUACCCUCUGCUGAUGGUACUGUUUGAUAAGGAGGCAGCUAGAAUGGCAGAACUAUCCUGUACAGACUUGAAAAUGGAACUUGUGGGAGACCAGCAAGAAGAAUCAAGGUCCCUACAAGAGAUCUUUUUACAAAAGUAACAGCCACAACGGUGUUGGAUUCAACCUACAAAUUGCUCAUGAAUGACCCUACAAAAAUAUAAUACAAGUUAAGCUUAAUCGACAGCAUUUGUGGCAUAACAUGUAUUACCAUCGAAAAUUAUUUCGACUCAUCGUGUGUAUUUAAAAACAAAACACUGUUACAGUGGAUGUGAAAAGGGCCAGUCCAUACACUUUAAAAUUCACAGUUUCAAAAGUAUAGCCACAAGAUGUAACAUUUUAGGUGUUAAAAUGGUUUACGUCCACAUAAAUCCGGAUACAUUUUAAAAUGGCACUAUCGUUUUCGAAACGCUCUCCUUUGAAAAAAAAAAACGCUCUGCCAUUUUCAAGUAUUUUGCUUGUCCAUAUUGAAACGUAUAAAACCUCUUAAAUCUCCUUAAUGCACAUGCAAAAUUUGCCAUUCCAUGUACGGUCUGAAAAGCAAUUCCCUUACAAAAAAUCUAGAGUUCUGGCAGACUAGCCAGAAACUUGCAACAAAUUUGCCACUCACUAUUUUCACAUGAAAAUGAGCUUGUGAUUCGCUGCAAAUGUUUGCCAGAAGUUUACAUCUCUUCACAGGUAGUGUCCAACCUGCAGCAAACCUUUGGCAACAAUGGACAAUUUGCCACAAGUUUGCUGCAAAUCUUAUUUGCAUGUGAAUAUGAUCAGUGGCGAAUUUGCGGCAAGUUUGCAACAAAGUUGCAAUGAACUCUCGAUUUUUGUAAGGGUUGUCCUCUUGUUCGAGUGCCGGACAGCAAUUCCAAGUAAACGUCUUGCUGCCUUUUGAAGGAAUGCAAUGUGAAGGUUGUACAAAGUAACAUUUAACUUUAACAGUGCUAUCAAAGUAGCAGGCACAACAUGGGCAGCCAUCUUGAUUGUUUUUGGUUGAAUGGAUCACAUGACUGCGUCACAUGACAACAUAUACAUCAUCAUUUUCAGAUAUCUCCAUUUCCCUGUCCACACUACAACGCGAAGACGGCAUUUUCAAAUGUAUCCACUUGAAAGAGUGUUUACAAAAAGCUUUGAUUUCACUGUAAGAAAAGAAUGUUCUGUGUGGACGGAAGGCCAAAACGUAGAGAAAAAGCUGCGUUUUCAAACUAAAACGUAUUAGUGUGGACUUGACCUUGUGUAAUGUUAUAUCCAAUAUUACAACUUUGUUGUCAUGACAAAGUAAUGUUUUAUUACUCUAAAAUCAUGUAGUACAGAUAUUUUAUCACACUAAAAUGCAUGUUAAAAUACAUGGUAACAUGUUGUAUAAUGUUAAUUCCAUUGUUUCUUACUGUAACCAAUUUUUGAUUAUUAAAUGAAAAUUAACGAGAGACGAGUCGAAAUUAUUUUCUGUGGUAAAUUGUAAUCAACAUUAUGUUACAAAUGCUGUCGGUUGAGCUUAACUUGUAUGAACCUGUAACAUUCAUUUAAGCUGGAAUGAGAGAAAGUAAUUUAAAAACAUUUUUAAUCUUUUUGUAUUAUUGUACUGCAUUUGUGUACAGUAUGUGUAUUAGUGGUAUCAUUAUUUAUUAUUUGCUAUACAACAUUUUUUAUUUUAU